UAGAUUUCCAAUGUGACGCACAGCACGGACAAAAGGGCGAUUUUCGUCCGUAAAAAAAAAAAAAAAUCUCAUUUUCCCUAUGGCAAUCAUUCGACCCAGGUUCAAAAUUUCCGGUGUAAUGUCGUUAAAGGAAAAUGGGCACCAGGUACCGUUGUUCAACAGCUGUUCGUUGAUCCAAUCCGUGCUAAAGCGAAACGUCAGAUGGUUUUGGUUCCGGAAGUCGAAGGAUCGGCCGAUCGAACGUGGCGCAAGCCGCUGUGGAGAACACUUGCCACCACCCAUGGAUCUCGUUUGCAGGGGCAGUCCCUCCAGGUGUCUCGAAUUUGAGAGAGCUGAAAAGAAAGCAAAGGGUGGGUUCUUUCGUUUUAAAAAGCAACCAGAGACGCCAGGGGACAAGCCAAGCAAUUGCAAGAAAGAGGAGAAACCUUCCAAGGAAGAGAGGUUCACUUGGCGGGAGACGAUGUUUGGCCCAAGAUCCAAGAAACUUUGGCCUGACCCAUGCACCUGCAGGUUGGCUCAGAGAGAGAGGAAGAAGAUGAGAACGCGUGAUCCAAGACUGCGCGAUCCGCGAUACCAGCAAACCAAUGGGGACGUUUUUCUGUACACAGUGCCAACGAGACGACGCUCGGUAUCUUCUUGUUUGGAGCCACAACCGAAACCUCCGCCAGCCUACAUGAUGCCCAAAGCAGCGUUUGUCAAGCUGAUGGCCGAUAAUUCUUACGUGACGCUGCUUAAUCGCCAGGCUAUCGCGCAAAGACAUGACAUUGAGAAAAGUAUGCAAUUAGAACUGCGUAGCCUACCGUACGAAGAAUUAAGACCGCCAGAAAGACAGAGAAAACCAUUCUGUUCUCAAUUAGGAAUUCAAUCGGAAAACGUACCUCCGCCGGUAAACAGAGACCUGCAUUAUUACGGAGGUGAUGUUCGACGACAAUCGGUCCAGGAACCUAACCUGUCAAACAAGUUGAAAUCUUUGCAAACAAAUCAAAAGAAAUUACCCGAUAUUAGAAGCAAUUUGGAUCCUCCGAUUGGAAAGCGAUCUAGAAUAGAGCAGUUGAAAAUCCUCGUUAGACAGAAAGACGUGUCUCCCGUUGUCCAUUGUUCCUUCGAUACCGAUUGACUCGCUACGACGAAACAACCGUGCGAAUUCGAAAUGUCAACCGAAGAGUAGACGUCGUUCAAUGUCGAAGAACUGAAAGAACUCUGUAUUUAUCUUCAAAUAAAAAUGGUCGAAAUUCAAUAUGUGGAAUAUUUAUCAUUUUGUUGAUGAUAUACUCAGUCUCAAAGAUAAGACGCGUGCAAGAUGCACGAAGUAGCUAGCUAGAUAUUUCAAAGCGGAAAGCGGAU